ACAGCGUCGCCGAGAAAGAGAAAACCUUAAAUCAGAAGGUAAAAGUUAUAAACAAGGGAAGAUAUCGAUUGAUGAUGGUGACGUCACAUUCGACGAUCGUGACGUCAUUUUAAGCUUCUUGUACGACUUUGACAAGCUUAUACUAACCAUCCAGUCACCUCCGCCAACGCCUGCACAGGUACAGCAACAUAAAGAAAACAACAAAAGCAAAAGAGAACGACAGACAAUCGGUAACAACAGGGACCGCUUCAAGAAACAGCACAGACAACGCAUGUACAGACAAAGACACGCACAUAAUCUACACUACCCUGUGAACGUAGCAGACUAAAAGCAGAUGCUGUGCCAUCAGUUUUUUCCAUUUAAAGAUACCAGUAUGGAGGAGAGUCCAAGACAAAAGCGACUGAAAACGAGGGAAAACAGAUCUGCCCUACAGCCUGAACAAGACAGUCAACCACCAGAUCAUGUUCAAAGCGAGGUGGUUAUUGAAUCAUCUGAAAUAUCCAGGGCCGAUACUUUUUCUACAUGUUUAACAUCUACGUAUACUCAGAGUACACAAUAUGAAAUCAAUUCACUUGGAAUGUUUUCGGUUGAUUUUUUUCGUAGUAAUGCUAAAAUGAUGAACUAUUAUACAGGUUUUGUUGAUUUUGCUCAGUUUAUGCUAUUUUAUCAAUGUCUUGGUCCCUGUGUCAAUGAGCUCUGUCACCAAGGUUCCUUGUUAGAUCCUAGAGACCAGUUGUUUAUGGUCCUCAUGAAACUUCGUCAAGCAAAAGAGGAUGUUGAAUUGUCCUUGUUUUUCAAAGUAUCUGAAUCCACAGUAUCAAGAAUAGUUGUUACCUGGAUCAAUUUUUUAUAUUUUCAACUUAAAGAGUUAGACAUUUGGCCUUCAAAGGAAAUUAUUAAAGAAUAUAUGCCUUCAGAUUUUCAUAGGAAAUUUCCAAACACUAGAGUAAUUUUAGAUGCCACUGAAUUACCAAUUCAAAAACCAUCAGAUGUUAAUGCACAGAGUGCAACUUGGUCGUCAUACAAGCAUAAAAAUACGCUCAAAGCAAUGAUAGGUUGUACACCAAGAGGUGUUGUAAGCUUUGUAUCUGACGCUUAUGGCGGGUCUGCAAGUGACAGGCAAAUUAUUGAAAAUUCUUCAUUACUAAACGAAAGUGUGUUUGAUAAAGGUGACAGUAUAAUGGCUGAUCGUGGGAUAAUGGUUCAGGACCUCUUUGCUACUAAUGAUGUAUAUGUAAAUACACCAACAAUGCUGAAAGGAAAAUCACAGCUAGAUCCUGAGGAAGUUGUUCAUGACAGAAGAGUAGCAUCAAAGCGUAUACAUAUUGAGCGUAUCAUUGGUUUAAGUAAAGGCUUCAAAAUUUUGAAAAAAGAACUGCCUCAAAGUAAGUUGCAGUUGGGAUCACGUAUUGUUUUUGUAUGCUUUGCAAUCUCAAAUUUUAGAAACUGUAUUGUUGACAAAUAUGCAUGAUUCUGUAUACUACAGCUCAGAUAUGAUGUUAUCACAACUUAUCCUGUGUGUGUACAUGGCUACAAUAUACAUACCAAGUUCAAAGAGUUGAUGCAAUGAAAGGUCUGAAGUAUUUGGAAUAGAACAAUUCUAAUUUUGGAAUCAUUGAAUUGUAACAAUAAUCAUGUUCAAGUUCUAUCUUCUGCACAAACAAGUCACAAAAAGUGUAUACAACAAAAAAGCAAAAUUGUCUUUUUGUAAUAAAAAGCUGACCUUGAACUUGGUAAAAGUAAUUACUGUUGUUUUUCAAGACAAUUUUCCCCUGUUCAUUGUACAUCAAGAAACCAAAAUUUUUCCCAGGUUUGAUUUUUUCAUUGCGACCAUUGUAUGGACAUUUCACUUCCACAAUAUAGUUGUGGUCAAUGAUAGCAUCAGGUGUUGCACCCAAGAAUGGUUUUUGUACAUAUAUGAAAAAUCCAGCUUUUUUUGUUUUGAUUUGCAUUUUUUUCUCAAAAGCUGCCAUAGC